AACGUAUUGCCGCAAGAGCCGAGUAUGAAUGGCCGGAGGUCGGUUUGAGAAGGGAGGUUAAAGCUUCCCUGAGCUCGGGCAACUCUGGCGGAUCUUCGAGAGCCUUUGAGGGGCCGGCGACCCCCAGCAGGACGGCAGACGCAAGAACCACCAUUAGCUACAAUAUGGAGAGAUCCUAGCACCAUGGGAACUCCAGCCUCUAUUACCCGUGAUUUGCCACAGAAUCAAAUCGCUAAAUCAUGUACUAGAAAGAGAGCAUCUGCCAAUAUUUUCCAGGGGGUGGGGUUACUGCAGUUACGUCGUCUCUUCCGUAGCAGUGGGGAUAUGCAAGCAGAAGAACGAGCCCAGCUAAUUUGGGAGCGUGCAGAAAGCCAAUGCAUUACUCGGGCCUUACAACAGCUCCACAGAAGACAGAGAAAACUGAAGCUGCAAGCCAAUGGGAAGCCUCUAUCUGGAAAGGGCAGUAGUACCAGAUUGCUAGAGCUACAGCACUUCAAUCACUUAAGGAUUGAAGAUUGUGAUACAUUUACUGCUCUUGAUGGUGACAGUAAGAAGAGACAGAAAGAGAUAGCAGAUGGAAGUGGCCACUACAUUGCUUCCCAAUCUAGGAAGAAGGAAAAAGAGAUGGAUGUGGCUAUGUACACAAUGAAAAAUGAUUGUGAUCUUAUGCCAAUGGUUGUAGCCGAGUGUAAUCAGACUAGCCUGGAGAAGCCUCAAAGGGAGAAUGUCUGACAAAUGAUUGCAGGUAACAGCAGAAAAAAAAUUGAAAAAUUAUUUUGCUCUAAAGCACUUUGGUUUGCUAAUUUAGACUUGAUCAGUUUAUGUCAAAGCACAAACACUACGUAUUUUGACUAUUUAUGGUUUAUAUUUAAUAAAGCUUCCUGUCUAAAGAUGUCUCUGAAUAAAAGAGUCCAAAUGUC